AACUGAUUGUGUGUUAUUCCAGAACCAGAUCGACCAGGUGACGAUGGAGCUGGGCACGGAGAAGGCGGCCACGCAGAAGCUGGAGAGCAGCAAGCUGGUGCUCGAGCGCCAGAACAAGGAGCUCAAGGCCAAGCUGGCUGAGCUCGAGACCGCCGCGCGGACCAAGACAAAGGGCGUGAUCACAUCCCUGGAGCUGAAGGUGGCCAACCUAGAGGAGCAACUAGAGGUGGAAUCGCGUGAGAGGCUGGCGCAGCAGAAGGCUUCCCGCAAGCUCGACAAGAAGAUGAAGGAGCUCGCGCUGCAGCUGGACGAGGAGCGACGCCACGCAGACCAGUACAAGGAGCAGAUCGAGAAGAUGAACGGCCGCGUCAAGGCGCUGAAGCGACAGCUAGACGAGGCCGAGGAAGAAGUUCAGCGUGAGAAGGUCGGCAAGCGCAAGGCGCAGCGCGAGCUGGAAGACUUACUGGAGACGCACGAGACGCUCUCGCGCGAGCUAAACAACGUCCGCAACAAGCUCCGACGGCAAGGUGGCGGCAUCGGCCUGUCCACCGGCUCCUCAUCAUCCCGCAUGAAGAGAACUUCCCUGGCUCCCGGCGGCGGCUCCGGCGACGAGUCGUUCGAUGACGUCAACGAUACCACCAAUAGCGUCGAGUGACACGUCACCGCCCGCCGGCGCGAGGGGACUACGUCACGCGCUACAGCCAAUCGGGGGGCUGAUACCGGUAAUACCAAUUAGUUGUUUGAAAUAUCGAUUCUUAUAUCGUUACACUUGUAAAGCCUGGUCUGUGAGCACGUAGAAUUUUGUCCAAUGACCCCAUGCUACCCAUCGUUAUCGCUCGCGCGUAAUUAUGUUGCUGUCGCGCU